AUGCUGGCCUGCAGACUCGUGUGUCUGGCGGGACUCUUCAUGCUCUGCAGAGGCCAGGAGGACACCAGGACAGAUGAAUCCUGUGACAACUUCACAGACCUCAAUCUGUCCCAUUGCUUUAUGGGUACCAGCCUGUAUGUCCGGCUGCUCCUCUACACCCGCUCCAACCUCAACUGCGGCCGUGAGCUCAAACACCAACACCUGUCCACCCAGCCAUUCUUCAACCUCUCCCUCCCCACCACCUUUGUCAUCCAUGGCUACCGACCCACCGGAGCGCCCCCGAUCUGGAUAGACCACAUAGUUCACCUGCUGGCGGAGCAGGCGGACAUGAACAUCAUCGUGGUAGACUGGAACAAAGGAGCGGCCAACCUCAACUACUUCGUCACUGUGUCCUACACACGGGAGGCAGCUCACAAUCUGACCAGCUUCAUCAUGACAAUGCAGGAAGAAGGAGCUUCUCUGAGCUCAGUGCACCUGAUUGGUGUCAGUCUGGGAGCACACCUGGCCGGAUUUGUAGGUGCCUACCUAAAGGGGAGGAUCGGCCGCAUCACAGGUCUGGACCCAGCAGGGCCCAUGUUCACCAGUGCCACACCAGAUGAACGACUGGACCCCACAGACGCUAUGUUCGUGGAUGUGCUUCACACCGACAUGAACUCCUUUGGACUGCAAGGUGCUCACGGUCAUAUCGACUAUUAUGCUAACGGGGGAGCAGACCAACCUGGGUGUCCCAAAACCAUUUUUGCAGGGAAGUCGUACUUCGUUUGUGACCACCAGCGCUCUGUGUUCCUGUUCCUGUGCGCUCUCAACCAAACCUGCAGACUCACAGGGUACCCCUGCUCCACCUACAGUGACUUCCUGGACGGCCGGUGCCUGCAGUGUGAGGCCUUUAAGCCCGCCCCCUGCCCGGUGCUUGGUUAUGAUGUCAGCCAGUGGAGAGAUACUCUUCUGAGACUGGGACAGACCAAAGCGUUCUUUAGCACCACGGCCACUCUGCCCUACAGAAAACUGAGCUACAGGGUGGACAUGGUGACCUGGAACCAGUACCUGCGUUGGGGAGUCGUCUACAUCCGGCUGCACAGUGGCAGAAAUUCCACAGAGACUCGAAUAGACAAUAACCUCCUCCGCUUCGAGCAGUACACCUCCACGCGGUUGCUGGCCCAGUUUGAUGAGGACCUGCAACAUGUUCAAAAGAUCUCCGUGCGGAUAAACACCGGCAACGUUAUCGGACCGCGAUACAAAAUCAGACUUCUACGAAUUCGCUUCACGCCGCUGGACCGACCUGAGAGGCCUCUCAUGUGUCGCUUUGACAUCAUCAUGGAGGAGAACAUGGAGGUGGCCUUCAGACCUCUGCCCUGUGACUCCCGCCUCUAAUUCUAUGACUGGACACACUGUUUUUCAUUCCAAAUCCUGUUUCUGGAUGCCCAGACUGUUUGUCCUCAGUGUGCUUCAGGGUCCAGUAGGGAUGAAUCUGGUCCACAGUCUCUGUGGUUUUACCAAUGGGCGUGACUCCUGUCCCAAGUGGUAGAGGUGAGAGGUACAAGGCAUUUCCGCAGAGUGGCACCCCAACUCUUUCAGUCGCUAUGACAGAACCUAGGAUUAUUAAUAAUGUACUACAGUAUUACAACUAAUACUACUAACCCAGCCGUGCUAUGUGGUGAUAAUCCGUACCUUAUCCACGUUUUUACUGUCUGUAGCAACAACACAACAGAUAUUGCGGGAUUUAUUUCAUAAUUCAAAAUAGUGACACAAAUUCCAAAAAACAUUCAUUUUCCAUUGUUU